UACGCCCCCCCUAAAAUCCAUAUGCUAAUUAUUAUUCUACAAAAACCAUCAUCAUGUCUAAUUCCUCCUCCUGGUCUUCUCUACCAGUAACCUUUUCAUCCCACCGGCCAUGAGAGUUUCUGAAACACUCACUUGGUUUCUAUGGCUUCUUUGAUCUUCAGCUUCGUCUUGUUCUUCUUUUCUUGUCUCAUCCCCAAUAUUCAUUCACUCUCCACUGUGUCUAUAUCUGAAACUUCCAAUAAUCAAACGCUAAUUUGUUCUCUGACGCAACGACAAUCUUUCCUCAACUGUACUAGUUUCCCUAGCGGAGUUAGAAUUCCUGUGAGCUCGAACACUUCAUUUACUGGUUUGGUUGGUGGGUAUGGCUUUGUAUGUGGUUUGCAGACGCGGUCCUCGUCUUCUUCAUCAGUCAUGACUUGCUGGAGGUUCUCUGCCAAUGGGACUAACAUGGCCACUAAGCGAAUAUAUACCGGUCCGGCUCUCAAGGAGCUCAAAGCGGGAAACUCCCACGUUUGUGGUUUAGUUGAUGGGAGUGAUCACCUCCAGUGCUGGCAGUGGCAUGGAUUCAAUUCAAGUACAGCUCGCAGCAACAUCUCGAGGAGCGUCGCAGUGGGAGACAACUUUGUGUGCGGAGUUUCAGAAAUCGGAGGGCUUACUUGCACAGGAAGCAAUACUAAAGUGAUUGAUGAAAUGCCGAGGGGUAGUAAAUUUAGUUAUGUAAGUGCAGGGUCUAAUUAUGCUUGUGCAAUCUCAUCGAGUGAUAGCGGGUUGGAUUGUUGGGGAGAUAUGAAGGGUGUGAAACCACAAGGGAGGUUUAUUUCUCUGGCCUUGGGCGACAAUCGAAGCUGUGGCCUGAGGCCUAAUGGAACAGUUGUUUGUUGGGGGAAAGAUGGCUUCAGUUUGCCUCAAAGUUUCAGAGACACUUACUUCAUCUCAAUUGAAGCAAAACGCAGCGUCUUCUGCGGGGUCUUGUCGAAGAAUUUGUCUUUGCAUUGUUGGGGAAACCAAGUAUUUGAUACUGAAGACAAAUUCUUGGUGUUCAGUGAUGUGCAGCCAGGGCCAUGUAGAAAGAAGUGUCCGUUGUAUAGCUCUCCAUUAGCAGACUAUGGCACAUAUUGUGAGGAAGGAUAUGUAGUUUGUCAAGCUUGUCAGGAGCCAAAUGUUUUCGAAUCAGUGCCGCCAUCACCGCAACCACAGAGGGAGUCUGAGUGGAGCAAGAAAAUGGUGGCUUUUCUUGUAGUUGGUUGUGUUGGCUCAGUAGCUUUCUUGUUGGUUUGUGGUUACCUUGUGUUCAAGUAUUGCAAAAUUAGAGGUUCCAGAAUCCACGACUCCGGUCCAUUGGAUGAUAUAGAGAGCCAAGCUAAUCGGCACGGUUCAGGCCAAGGCCAACAAGCUCAACAACCACCGGUGCUGGAGAAGAGGCUAAGCCACUUGAUUAGCCUUGGAGCAAAUGGAGGUUCGUUGGAGGAAUUUUCGUUUGACGUGCUACUAGAGGCCACCAACAACUUCUCAGAAGAGCACAAGAUUGGGACAGGCAGCUAUGGCUCAGUCUACUAUGCCACAUUAGAUGAUGGCAACCGUGAAGUGGCCAUCAAGCGGGCCGAAUCAUCGGCGGCUUCAUCAUCUGUUGGCGGGCACACCAGGCGCCAGGAGGACAAAGACAAUGCAUUUGUAAAUGAACUUGAGUCAUUGUCAAGGCUGCACCACAAGAACCUGGUGCGAUUAUUGGGGUUUUAUGAAGAUGCUAAAGAGCGAAUAUUGGUGUACGAGUACAUGAACAAUGGUACACUUCAUGACCAUCUCCACAAGAUCACGGUUUCCCCUCUAACGUCUUGGUCCGCACGCAUCCAGGUGGCACUUGACGCGGCCAGGGGAAUCGAAUACCUCCACGUGUACGCAGUCCCACCAAUAAUACACCGCGACAUCAAAUCAUCCAACAUAUUGUUGGACGACAAGUGGAGAGCCAAGGUGUCCGAUUUCGGCCUAUCUUUGAUGGGACCGGAGGACGACGAGUCUUACUUGUCACUGCGAGCGGCAGGCACAUUUGGUUACAUGGAUCCCGAGUACUAUAGGCUGCAACAAUUAACCACGAAGAGUGACGUGUACAGUUUCGGGGUAGUGUUGCUCGAGUUGCUAUCGGGGUAUAGUGCGAUUCAUAAAAAUGAGAAUGGGGUGCCAAGAAAUGUGGUGGAUUUUGUAGUACCAUACAUUGUGAAUGAUGAAAUUCACAGGGUUUUGGAUCCGAAAGUGCCGCCACCAACGCCGUUCGAAAUCGAGGCCGUGGCAUAUGUGGGUUACUUAGCAGCAGAUUGUGUGAGCUUAGAAGGUAGAGAUAGGCCUUCCAUGACUGAGAUUGCAAGCAACUUGGAAAGAGCUUUGGCUUUUUGUUUGGCAUCGCCACCGAGUUCAAGAACCGAGUCUUUGACUUAGACUCAGUUGAGAGCCAUGACAUGGUCAACUUUUGUAGAGCAAACCAUUCUUUUUCAUAUUUUUGUCCAUAUAUUACUUUUCUUCCCUAUUCUUUUUGGGGUUUUGCUAAUUAGUCAAGGCAACAAUUGCAUGAAAAUGUGAGAGCCAUAGAAACCAUUGUAUAGUGACUAGCAGAAGCAACCAUGGAGUUUCCUCAACUUAUAAUAUUCUUUUCUUAAUA